AGAGCCAACUUCCCAGUUACAAACACCCGCGGAAUGCAGAUAGAAGGCAAGGUUGCGCUUGUGACGGGAGGUGCUCAAGGUUUAGGAUAUGCAUUUGUACAAGCACUUCUCGACAAAGGAGCAAAGGUUUGUUUCUGUGAUAUCAACACCAGUCAGGGAGAGGCCACUCUUGGAGAACUCUGUGAAAAAUAUGACAAGGAAAAGAUUAUGUUUAGGCGCUGUGACGUCACAAGUCAGGAAGACAUGGAAGCGUUAUUUAAAGCAACAAAAGAGAGAUACGGACGAAUUGACAUCGUCUGUAACAAUGCUGGUAUGGGCGGAGAGUCAUACCCACAAUGGGAGAAAGUUGUCGACGUUAAUAUAAAAGGAAUGACGCGGGGCACGUUUAUAGCUGUUGAAUACCUUCGGAAAGACAAAGGAGGAAAUGGAGGCGUCAUCGUCAAUAUCUCCUCUGCUGCAGGAAAGAAAGGAUUGAGUGUGAGAAAUCUCAAUUCCAACAACGAGGAUUCCUUUACACACUUUGAGCACAUGACGUGUUCCGUCACCAUUUAUGAUACACAAUUCAGACUGUGCGUCAUAUACAGGCCUCCCACUUCUAAACGGAACGGUCUCCGUAACAAACUCUUCUUUGAUGAAUGGUCUUCAUAUCUCGAUCAACAGGUUGUAGCGCCUCGGGUGCUGAUUAUCGCUGGCAACCUGAAUUUCCACUUGGAUGAUAACACUAAUGUUGAUUCCUGA